UUACCUUUAACUGCUGGUGCUGCUUUGUUGUUGGACGAUUUAAAAAUGUGCAUCAAAUAUUUUGCAUUUGCUCUUCUUUGGUUUCCUGGAGUGCUGCACGCACAGAGCACCACACAGGCCUGUGAUGCUCCCACACUGGACGGUGGCUUCUUUGCCCCAAAGCAAGAGACUUACUCUCAGGGCACCAAGCUGAGCUACACCUGCAACGAAGGACGUACGCUAGCAAUGAAGGGUUGGUGGGCAACCAGCACAUGUCACAAUGGAAAAUGGUCUUGUAUAGAAAGUAUGAAUGCGUGCAGCGUGCCUCCUAAAAUCCCCCAUGCAGUCAUCGUUCAUCAGGACUACCAGGAAGUGUUUGCUGCAGGUUCAGAAGUGCAGUAUGAGUGUGAGGAUGGAUACACUGCAGAGGGAGCACACAACAAAAAAUCUGUUUGUACACAAGGAAGCUGGACACAAGGCCCGACCUGCACAUCUUCUAGCACCUCUGAUUCAAAUAACAGAGACAGCAGGCUUAUACCAAUAAACAGUAAGUUGCUCACAACCUUUUCCACUUAAUCAGCAUAUACAUCA